AGACUAUUCACUUGGUUAUUACACAUGAUUUAGUAACACCCAAAAUAUGGCUGAUAGUGCUAGUGAAUUAGAAAGCGAUACAAAUUCCAUGAAUGACGGCCCAACAGCCCGACUGAUGACUCCUAAUCAUAUUGAGUACAUGCAGAGGAGAAUGGAAUCGCUUCAACAAGAGAACGUCGUCCUUAAAACAGAGCUGGAAAAGUAUAAACAAAGAGUAAAGACUCUCGAAGAUGAUAAUGUUCGAUUGCGAAGGGCCAGUGUUUCAAUACAAGCUCGCGCUGAGCAAGAAGAAGAAUUUAUAUCGAAUACCCUUUUAAAAACCAUUGAAACUCUAAAGAAAGACAAAGAAGUAUUGGCAAUGAAAUACGAACAGGAAGAAGAAUGCCUCACGAAUGAUCUCAGCCGAAAACUCUUUCAACUCCAGCAGGAGAAGCAAGCUCUUGAAAGAACUUUAGAGCACGAACAACAAAAGGAAAUAAAUAAACUUAAAAAGAAUACCGAACGCCUCGAAGCCGAUAUAAAACAUAAACAAGCUUUGCUAGAGGAGCUACGUCGCGAUAAAGUUCAAUUAGAAAACGAGCUGGAGCACGAACAAGAGGCUCUAGUUAAUAGACUUUGGAAACGAAUGAGUACUCUUGAAUCCGAGAAAAGACGUUUACAACAACAAUUAAAUGGUAAUACAGAUAUUCCAUCACCGAGAAAUAAUAUUGAAGAUGAUUCUAGUGCAGCCAGUUUGAGAAACGAAGUCUAUCGACUAAGACAACAAGUAACAAAUCUCAGAGCAGAUCAUGAAAGGCGAACGGCAGAAUUAGAAACCGAAGAAAAGUUAAUAAGAGAAGAAAAUGCUCGUCUCCAGAAAAGAUUAGAACAAGAAGUUGAAAGGGGUGAAAUAUUAAGAAGUCACUUAUCGCAGAGUGAAAGUUCUUUGGAAAUGGAUGACGAAAGGUAAGUAAGAAGAAACUUUAAGACAGAAAAGAGUGAAAUUUUAUGUCUCAAAAAUGUAGUUAAAUCAAUAUAGCUUAGGUAGCAGUUUUUUUACGGAUAUAUAAAUAUAUUUACAAGUAUAUUUAUUCUAAAAAUAACAUAGAAAUGAAGUUUCUAUUUACAGAUAUAUUUUUUAUUAAAAAAAUCUGAAAUGUUUAUUCGAAAGUCCAAAGUUUUCCAACUUUUAUAACAUUACAAAAGAAACUGCAAGUGUUUCAUUUAUCGGACAGGAGUUCUUAUAUUUUCAUAUUCCAAGAUUGACUGAACUGCUCUAUAGCGAUAGCGCUAGGUGCACUUUUACAAAAACAUGUUUGCGGUUAUUUUUAAUAACCAUACAAUCCCUUAAAAAGCCGUUUUGCUAUCUCAUCAAAUAAUAUAACAUUCGUUAAGAACUCAAUGCCAGGAAUUUGGAAAUGUCUCUAACUUUUUUUAAAUGACUACUAUAUACAAUUUAUUACAUUAAAAUGCAUUUAGAAAACAAAAAAAGGUUGAUCUUACUAGUCCUGAAAGAAAAGAGAAAACUUUUUACUUAAUGAUUUUAAUUGAAAUUAAAUUAAAUUUUUUUUCAACUAUUGAGACUAAACUAGCAUUUUUAUAUUACAAAUUAUAAAUAAGUGAAAAUGGUAGUUAAGUUAUUUAUUAUUUUAUGUCAUAGUCAGAAUUUUUUUGUCAAACAGAAAAUUUUUCUAAGUGAAUAGAGAGAAAAACGUGUCAUUCGUUUCAUAUUGUAUGAAAGUGAAAUAUAUGUAAUGUGACUUAAUUUUGUCAAUUUUCCUUACUUUUAUAUGCUUAAAAAGAAAUGACCAAUUGAUCGUGUGAAUCAAUUUUUCAAUUAUUAUUAUUUAAUAAAUGUUUCUAUUAUAUGUGACCUUCCAAAUGCAAAUAAUGUAUCAAAUACAAAUUGACCACACUUUAUAAGUAAACUGUAAUGCUAUAUCACUCAUGUGAUAUUUCAAUUAAUAUUACUAUAGAUAUAUUGUCUAAUAUUUAUAGUUUACGAAAAGUGAGUUUUUUAAAAAGAAGAUAUUUACUUCCUUUCUCGAAUCUUGAGAUAUGUUUACAUGGCUAAUACCAGAACAAUACAUGCUAUUUAUAACUUGAGCUGGCUAACACUAUUAUUAUUAGUUGUCAUUCUGAGUAUUUCAACCAUAAUAACUAUUAGUCGUAUAAAAGUGGGAACAGAGAUUGAGUACAGCUUUCAAGAAUUUAAUAUGAAUAAUGGACUGUUUUUCUACGUCAAUAGGUAAAUCAAGCGUAAGAAGAAUACGUUUGUUUGCUACAAUUUCCAAAACAUAUAUCCUGUAUAUAUAGAAAUGGUUCGUAACACUUGUUUAAGUACUUGUUGACUUAACAUCUUACACCAUCUCGUAGUUUGUUUAACUCAAGAGGAAUGCCCUCUAACAAAUAAAGCUUAUUUUUUUAGUUCAAAAAUUU